AUGGAUGCUAUUGUUUUUUCCUUGGCCAGGAGUUGCACAAACUGGUGUUAUUGGAAAGGGAAUCAAUUCAUUCCGGCGAUCGAGCCAGCGAUCCAGAUCCCUACAAGCCAUGUCUCAUGUGUUCCUGCCUGCAGAAAACUGGAUAGAGUGGCCGCAUGGCUCAUGAAUGGGUUAGCUGCAGCAUUCUUCAUGUCUCUAGAGCGGUGCUAUUGCAUUCGUAUAGACACCAAAGAUGAUGCCGCUGAUGAUAUCCAAUUACUUGCCCUGCAAGACGAAGAGCCAGAGCAAGAACUAGCUAGGUCGGAGAAUAAUUCUAUGGCGUGGCCCGUAAUAUCGGCGUCCGGUUCAGAUGAACUAAACCAAAAUCAAACCAACUCGAACUCAUCCGGUUUGGUUGAACCAAACCCACCUGUUCCCAUCAUCGACGAGCGAAAGAGGAGACGCAUGAUGCCGAACCGGGAAUCAGCCAGGAGGUCACGGAUGCGUAAACAGAAGCAUUUAGAAAACUUAAGGAACGAGGUGAACCGGUUUAGUAUUGAGAACCGAGAACUGACCAACAGGUUGAGGUUCGUUUGGUACCACUGUCACCGUGUAAGGAAAGAUAACAGUCUUAAUCAAUAA